UCGAUACUUUACUUUCGAUACGAGUUCUUUUUGUAUCGAUACCAUAGUUUCGAUACUUUACUCAUAUCGGUAAAAAAGUACUAGUAUCGAAUGAAUGGUAUCGAAUCAUUUAUUUACCGCCGUACUGCCAUAUCGGUUUAAAAGUAUCAAACAGUUAUUUCCAAGUAAAAUAGUUUGCGCGUGGUGGGAUCGCCGGACCGGUUGGAAAUUUACUCAAACAAAUCAUACAAUACGAAUACGACUAUAAUUGUUUCCUAAUCGGAAUAAUAAAGUGCCCGUUUAUCGAUAAGGCGAUAAAGCAUCUAUUUAAUAAUACUUUUUACAAUGAAUUCGGAUAAAUACUCAAAUACUGGAUACGGCGAUAAUUCGGCAUUCCGCUUUUCAAAUAACACAUUCGAUCGACUAGUGCGAGUGCGACUACUCGAUUUUGCGAUGCCGCCUCCCAAGAGUAAAUGUUGGAUUUAUUUUAAAAAAGUUGACAAAGUUAAUGCGGAGUGCAAAAUUUGCACCCAAAGAGUAAAAUACUGUGGCAAUACGUCCAACUUAAGUAAACAUUUAAAAAAACAUCCAAAUGUAUUGGAACCCGGAACGAUUGGUUCAACAAGAAAAACUUGUAAACAAUUGAAAUUAGAUGUGACACCUGUAAUUAAUCCUGUUUCGUCUCAUUGUAAACAAACUAGUAAUAUUGUUCUUUCAACAACCAUUGUACAAGAUCCCGAAUCUGAGACAGAGGAAUGUGUAGAUGAUCCAAAUUUAAAACGACCAAUUAUUGAUUCAUUUAACCGAAUCAGCUCAUAUGCAGAGGGUGGUUUCAAUCAUAGGAAAAUCACCAUGUAUUUACUGUACUUUAUUUGUAAAGAUUACCGACCUUUUGCUGUUGUAGAAGGAGAAGGAUUUAAGAGAUUAUUCAAAGAAUUGGGGCCAUCAUAUAAAAUCCCUUCGGUUACAACAUUAAGAAAUGCUCUUGAUAAUAAAUAUGAGGCCACAAAAGAAUUAUUAAAAGGUUGUUUGUUGGCAGCACCACAUGUGUGUAUUACAUUGGAUUCAUGGACUGAAACGAUGANUAUCCUCCGACAAUUAAUUGAAUUAUUACAACCAUUAGAGUAUGUCACAAAAGAAUCCUCUGGAGAAAAUUACAUUACUAUCUCAAAAGUGAUCCCCAUGAUUAACUGCCUAUUAAAACAACUGGCCCAAACCCAACCAAGAUUUGAUGUGUUGAUCGAAAUUAAAGAUAUGUUACAUACAGAAAUAGUUAGAAGAUUUGGACUGAUUGAGCAAGUAAAACCAAUCGCCAUUGCUACAAUUUUGGAUCCAAGAUUCAAAAAUCUUCACUUUACCGAUCCAAUUGCUAGUUCAAGUGCAAUGGCAGAACUUCGAAGAUUAUUAUUGCCAGAUUUAUCAUCUAGCGAAUCUGAAGGAGAGAUGAUAUCUAAAGAACAUGUGGAUAGUUAUGAUUUUUGGGCUCACCAUAAAAUGUUAGCUCAUGGCCAGAAAAAGAAAAAAUCUUCAUUUACAUAUGAUGAGUUAUCUCAAUAUCUAUCCAACCCUGAUUUCACUUUGAAUGUAAUUUUUGCAAAAAAAAGAAAUUAUUCCAAAUUAAAUGAUUCUCUAAGUAUAAAUACUGCAGUUGUUACUGCUACUUUGAAUACUGGUCAGGGGUUUACAAAUUUAGAACAGUUUUCUGCUGUACUAAAUAUGCCUUGUAUGAGUAUUAAGACGUAUCAAAAAUAUCAUGAUUAUAUUGCUAAGCAAACUGAAAAAACUGCAUGGGAUUCGAUAGAGUUAGCGGGAAAAGAAGAAACUAAGCUUGCUAUUGAAAAUGGAGAAGUGAAUGACAAAUGA